AUGGCUGACAGUGCACAACGGCAUCCUAAUCUCAACCUGUCUCCUGAAGAGAAACGGGUGUUCUACCAACUCUUCCAGGCCGCUGAUACUACCAACCUUGGCGUCAUCACUGGCGAGAUCGCUGUUCCUUUCUUUGAGAGGACGAAGCUUGCUCCGGAAACUCUCGGCUUGAUAUGGCAGAUCGCGGAUAAGGAGAACAGGGGGCUUCUGACCCCUUCGGGAUUCGGUGUCGUUUUGCGCCUCAUAGGACACGCCCAAGCUGGUCGCGCGCCCACAGAGGAAUUGGCUCUGCAAUCCGGACCGCUGCCUAGGUUCGAAGGUAUCGUUGUUGAGCCUACAUCUCCUACUCCUCGCGAUGCUGGUGCGACCAGUCCGCCGCCCGCUGGGGGGCCAAUUCGAGUUCCUCCACUGAAUCCGGACGAUGUCAAUAAAUUCACUGCGUUGUUCGAGAAGUCAGAUGUGUCUCGGAGCGGGGUCAUCCCUGGCGACAUUGCGAAGCAGAUCUUCGAACGAGCAAGAUUACCAAAUGAGAUCCUUGGUCGUAUUUGGAAUUUGGCAGACACCAAACAGCGAGGCGCUCUCGAUACCACAGAGUUCAUCAUUGCUAUGCAUCUCUUGACCUCUUACAAGUCAGGCGCCAUGAGAGGCAUUCCUCAGGUUCUGCCUCCUGGUCUGUAUGAGGCUGCAGCCAGAAAGGGAUCAGCUCGACUCUCGCCCAGAUUUGGGACUGCUGAUAUCGAUGCUGACGACAUGACAAGGACGAGUUGCGGUAGCAAUGUAUCUCGUCCGUCUGCAACGCUCCGGAAGGAAUCCGUCCCGCAGACCCUUCCACCCGCUUUGAUUCCUCCCAGUAUGCGUCGCCCUGCCUCUGCGCAGGCAAUUCCCGCUCCGGUCCAGGCUCCAGCUCCAGCCCAAGCGGCGGUGCCUCCACCAGCUGCCCGAUCUGCAGCGGAUGAUCUCUUCGGACUCGAUGCAUUCGCCGCGCCGCCCCCAGCUGUGGCUCCCUCGCAGGUACCUCAAUCCACGGGUGGCUCCAACACAGCCUUCCAGACCCCCGCAUCGCCUUCUUCGAGGGCAUCCCCUCUGAGCAGUGCAACGACAUUCAAGCCUUUCAUUCCAACGUCGUCUUUCGGCCAAAGCCUGCAGCCUCAGAUCACCGGUGCUUCGGCUGGUGCUCCACCGACAAUCCGGUCGCCCCCGCCUCCAUCGGAUGACCUUCUUGGUGAUAAUGACCCUGAAGAAUCGAAGAAACUCACCCAGGAGACGACCGAACUCGCCAAUCUAUCUAAUCAAAUCGGUUCGCUGGCAAACGAAAUGCAGAACGUCCAAACCAAGCGAACAUCAGCAGAGCAUGAGUUGUCCCAAACAUCCCAACAGAAGCGUGACUUUGAGACUCGCUUGGCACAGGCCAGAGCCAUGUAUGAGCAAGAGGUCAAGAACUUCAAGGCGCUUGAGGGACGACUCAACGCUUCCAAGGCGGAGACCAAGAAGCUGCAGCAAGAGUAUGCGUUGAUCGAAGGCAGCAGACAAGAUUUACAGAAUCAGUUUGAACAAGUCUCCGCUGCAUUGACUGCUGACCAGCAAGAGAAUGCGAGUCUGAAGGAGAAGAUCCGCCAAGCCAACGCCGCUGUUGCCCAGCUCAAGCCUGCUCUCGAAAAAGCACGUUCCGAAGCUCGGCAGCAGAAAGGUCUCGUUGCUAUCAACAAGAAGCAAUUGGCUACAGUGGAAGGUGAACGGGAGAAGGUCCAAGAUGAGAUCGAUACCCUCGCCAAGGAAUCAGCUCACGGAUCGGACGAGAGUGUAGCAUCUCCAAGUGCUAUCCCAGCAGUUGCCAGCCCUGCUUUGUCAACAGCUAGUCAGAACACCAACCCCUUCUUCAGACGGCAAACUACGGGAUCCAGUGAAGGCCAGGCGUUGUCCCCACAGGUCUCGAACGAGCAGCAGCGUGCGUUCGAUAGUCUGUUCGGUACUGCCUUUGUUGCUCCUCCGACCACUGCCACCCCACCCCCUCCGACUUCAUUCCGCGCUGAUUCUCAGCAAGCCUCGGUCCAUUCGCCCGUUACAUCGGGAGUGCCGACUCCUUCAGUCCCUACACCACCUUCUCUCGGCCCUGUGCCUGAACCUCCGCCAUCCAGACAGUUCACGCCGAAUGUCCUUCCUCUGGCUGAGACACAGUCUUUGACCUCCUCUGUCAAGGCCUCCCCUCCCGCUAGCAGGUAUGGUGGCCCCGAUACACCCACUUUCGAUACUCCGGCACAAGCUGCCGACAGCGAAGCGGCCUUCCCCACAGGCGACCAAAGUGCCAUGCGGUCUCCCUUUGAGGAAACUGAAGAGUCAAAGGGCUUCCCUGAGAUUCCAGCCCCUGUUCCAGUCCCGGGCUUGGAAGCUGUAACAGCACCUGCAUUGCCGACCAGCAACGAGAAGCAGGUGGCUGCAAAGGACCCAAGCUUCGAUGAGCUAUUUGGUGGCCCCGCGCAUCAAAGAUCCCAGUCUCAGAACGCCAAUGACUUCGAAGAAGCCUUCGCUGCCAUGAAGCAGGGUACUGGUGCAAAUAAGCCUAAUGGAGCAGCCCCUGUCGCGAGUACCGAGUUCCCACCUAUUCGUGAACUUGAUGACGAUGAAGAUGACGAUAGCACCGUGAGCGAGGCGCCCAUGGGUUUCGACGACGAUUUCGCGUCCGCUGUUCCGCCUCAGCCUCAGCAAACCGAGGCGCGCAAACCUGAUCCCUUCGAAUCAUCUCACGUCCCGGCCUUUCCCGACCCAGCAUCCGCAACCUCGGAGACUCAGCCUCCUCCAGCGGAAGCCCAGAAGAGCCCCCCGAAAUACGAGGAAAGCGUAGGCAAGCAGGAGCCAGGCGGUAUGCCACCUGAAUUCAAUGGUCUCUUACCGAACCGCGAGGACCCCACAACCGCUCCAGAUGCUCCUCAUUCCGUGGAAUCAGGUAUUGGUGCACCGAUUGUCGGUGGUGAGCCGCAGCGGGUUGCUUCGCCUAGUGCACCCGCAGCAGGCGUAAACAAACCCAACGCCCCCGACUUCGAAGCUGCCUUUGCUGGAAUGAACCUUGCUCCCGCAAAGGAGGCGGAAGACGAUGACGAGGAUGAUUUCGAGCCGUCGGACAACAAGAACGGUGCUGGUUUCGAUUUCUCAUUCGACAGCCCUUCGCAGAACAAGACAUCGUCUCCCCCCGCCAAUGCCGGGAAUGCCCCGUCGUCCGAGUUCUUCAAUUUCGACCAGCAUAUCGUGAGCUCUCCGGAUCACGGCAGCGCUGCAUCACCUCCGGAUUCCUCGUCGCAAGCGGCUACACACGAUUGGGGAGCCCUCUUUGCGCCUCUCGACAAUGCUCAAACCGCAUCCGGGGCCAGCGGAGCCCCCAAACCGACAGCUGCAGGAGACAGUAAAUCACCAGGAUGGGCUCUCCAGACCGACUCGGGGGAAGACGACCAGUUCCUCCAGAGACUAACCGGCAUGGGCUUCCCGCGCGAUGAAUCCCUCGCCGCGUUAGAAAAGUUCGACUACAAUCUGGACAAGGUAUGUCCCCUCUCCAUAAACAUCAUGUCAUUCCACACCCAACCACCAUGCUAA